CAAUCCUAUGUUCACCAAGCUUCAGCCGCUGCGAGCCACUCUACUACAUCUGACGCCCAUACGCACCUGCGCCCUUGCUUCUGCCCCCCUGUUGCGUUAUAUCGCUCUCCAAACCAUGGCUGCCAGACCCUCUCUUCAAGCUGCCGAGGACUUCCUCUCAUUCGUGAACGCCUCUCCCACUCCAUUCCAUGCUGUGAAGUCAGCUAAAGAACGCUUGGAGAAGGCUGGUUUCAAGCAGAUCAAGGAACGAGACUCUUGGGCACCGACCAUCCAGCCUGGCGGCAAAUACUACCUCACACGAAACGGUUCAUCUAUCGUCGCCUUUGCAGUGGGCAAGCUAUGGAAGGCCGGUAACCCGAUAAGCAUGAUCGGUGCGCACACAGACUCACCAUGUCUACGCAUUAAGCCGGUGUCGAAGCGACAGAGCGACGGGUUCCUCCAAGUCGCGUGCGAAACAUACGGUGGUGGUCUGUGGCACACUUGGUUCGACCGUGAUCUCAGUAUCGCUGGAAGGGUCAUGGUCCGAACCAAGGAAGGCAAGAUCGAGCAGCGUCUUGUGAAGGUCGACCGUCCGAUCCUCCGAAUUCCUACUCUCGCUAUCCAUCUCGAUCGUCAGGAAACAUUCCAGUUUAACAAAGAGACGCAGUUGUUCCCCAUUGCUGGACUAGUGCAGGCUGAACUCAACAGACAAGGAAAGACAGAGGAGAGCAAGGACGAUGAGAAGAAGGAAAAGCCGUUUGAGCCGCUUGCGACACCAUACCAAAGACACCAUCCAUACAUCGUCGAGAUCAUUGCUGAGGAGGCUGGAGCCGCCCCAAACGACGUUCUGGAUUUCGAGAUUGUGCUCUACGAUACCCAGAAGUCGGCGAUCGGUGGUCUCAACAACGAACUCAUCUUCUCGCCACGACUGGACAAUCUCAUGAUGUCAUACUGUAGUGUUGAGGGAUUGAUUAAGAGUCUGUCCGCUUCCUCGCAGCUUGAAAAGGCUUCAACCAUCCGCCUCAUUGCACUUUUCGAUCACGAGGAGAUUGGCUCGCAAACGGCGCAGGGUGCGGACUCGAAUCUGCUGCCUGCGGUCAUCCGUCGUCUUUCAGUCUUGCCUGGAUCUGAGUCGAGCAAUUCAGACAAGUCCUACGACAAGAUUGAGGCUGACACAGCCACUGCUUACGAGCAGACGCUGUCCACCUCUUUCCUAAUUUCUGCGGACAUGGCUCACUCUGUACAUCCGAAUUAUCCAUCCAAAUACGAGUCACAGCAUAGGCCCGAGAUGAACAAGGGUACCGUCAUCAAGGUUAACGCGAAUGCUCGUUAUGCCACAAACUCGCCAGGCAUCGUCCUACUGCAAGAGGCCGCUCGCCGCGCAAAGCCAGCAUCAUCAGGCCUGAGCAAGGAAGGUGUGCCGCUCCAGCUCUUUGUUGUCCGUAACGACUCGUCUUGCGGUAGUACUAUCGGACCUAUGCUGUCGGCGGCCAUGGGUGCGCGCACUCUUGACCUAGGCAACCCUCAGCUCAGCAUGCAUAGCAUUCGAGAAACUGGCGGCGCACACGACGUCGAGCACGCCAUCAACCUUUUUGACAGUUUCUUUGAGAAUUUCGAGGAAUUGGAGAAGAACAUCGUUGUCGACUGACUAGAUGCCAAGUUGUGAAGGAGACCUAUGUAGCACAUAAACAAAUACGAAGCGCUUGAGCACCAUGA